AUGGUGAAGGAGAAUCAAGAUACUCAGCAAACAUUGGCUGAGCUUGCAACGAAUAUUUCCUUGCUAACCAAGAAGUUUGAUGAUACCCAGAUCAAGAAGGUAAAUGUUUGCGAAGAUGAGUCAGGUAUGCCGAAGGGGAUGUACCAGGUCCAAGAGGGUCCAUUUCACGAGGGACCUCCUAUGCAGGUUGAAGAUGCUAACUAUGUGAACAAUUCUCAAGGGGUUUAUCAAAGACAGAACUACCAAGGUGGUUACAAGAAUCAGAAUCAAUGGAGACCUCAGCAGGGCCAAGGGCAAUCAACAGAGCAAGGUAGUUCGAGGGUUGAAGCAAUGCUUGAGAAGGUUCUGGCAAAUCAAUCCAAGUCUGAAAGGACAUUAUCUGGGCUAACAGAGACAGUGGGAUCCCAUACAACAGCUAUUCAGAAGCUCGAGUCACAGAUGCGUGAUAUUUCUAGAGAGCAGCACCCUCCUAAAAAGGGAGGACUUCCUAGUGACACUAUUCCAAAUUCGAAGAAUGGGGGAGGCGGUGUAGACCGUGUGUUUGCCAUUAGUACUCGGAGUGGUAAAAUACUCCAAGGUGCUGAAAAGAAGGUUGUUGAGCUCGAGCCGAUUGAUGAAGAGGAAGAGGUGCAGUCUGAAGCACCAAUUAUUGUUGAUGAGAAUCCUAAUGACGAGAAAGUUGCUGAUAUUCCAGAAAUUUUGAAGGAGGCUGAUGACAAGAGCAAGCAAACUAUGAAAGGGGCUCUCCACCCUUUGACUCAGCUUUUCAAAUCUAAACCUCCCUUUCCUCAGAGGUUGGUAAAGAAGAAGGAAGAUGCUAAGUUUGAAAAUUUUUAUGAUCAGCUGAAGCAAUUAUCUCUGAAUUUUCCUUUCUUGGAAGCUGUCAAAGAGAUGCUCGAUUUUGCUAAGUACUUGAAGGACCUGUUGACCAAGAAGAAGAUGGUGCAACAUGAAACCGUGAGUUUGACUCACACUGUGAGUUCCAUCAUUUCAACAACUACUGUCCAGAAAAAGGGAGAUCCUGGGGCGUUCACCAUUCCUUGUUCUGUUGGGUACCAUGAUUUUGCUCGUGCUCUGUGUGAUAAUGGGGCGAGUAUAAAUUUGAUGCCACUUGCUAUCUACAAGCAAUCAGGUUUGGGGAUGCCAAGGCCGACUACUAUGAGGUUACAGAUGGCUGAUAGAUCUAUUAAGAAGCCUGUUGGCGUGGUUGAUGAUGUCCUUGUGCGGGUUGGUAAAUUUAUGUUGCCCGCUGAUUUUGUGAUUCUUGACUGUGCUGUUGAUCGGGACAUUCCUAUUAUUCUGGGGAGACCUUUCCUUGCUACGGGAAGAGCUCUGAUGGAUUCAGAGAAAAAUGAAAUCAAAUUCCGAGUCAAUGAUGAGGAAGUUACUUUUCAAGCAAACAUGGAGGGUUAUGUGGAGACGAUUAAUUCGCUUGUUGGGUUGGGUUCAUAUUCUUACCACCCAAAGAAGCUGAAUCUUGAUUUGGAAAAUAGAACAACUCCUCCAGCAAAGCCUUCGAUCAUUGAACCACCGAAGCUUGAGCUUAAGCAGCUCCCAUCACAUUUGAAGUACGAGUUCUUUGGUCCAAAUAAUACAUUACCAGUGAUUGUUUCAGCAUUACUGACUGAGGAGCAGAUCGAGAGACUUUUGGAGGUAUUGCGUGAAUAUAGGCGUGCUAUUGGUUGGACCAUAGCAGACAUUCGGGGAAUUCCUUCUGGGAUCUGUGAACAUAAAAUCCAGUUGGAGGAGGAUAGCAAGCCGAGUGUGGAGCAUCAAAGGAGACUGAAUGAGAACAUGCAAGAAGUCGUCAAGAAAGAAAUCAUCAAAUGGUUAGAUGCUGGAGUGGUUUACCCGAUUGCUGACAGUAAAUGGGUGAGCCCAGUCCAAUGUGUUCCGAAAAAGGGCGGCAUCACAGUGGUGCCCAAUGCAAAGAAUGAGCUGAUUCCGACGAGGACUGUAACCGGAUGGAGAGUUUGCAUGGACUAUCGCAAGCUUAACACUGCCACUUGCAAGGAUCACUUCCCUAUGCCUUUUAUUGAUCAAAUGCUUGAUCGGCUAGUGGGGCGAUCUUAUUAUUGCUUCCUUGAUGGUUAUUCGGGCUACAAUCAGAUCAACAUCGCCUUGGAGGAUCAAGAGAAGAUGACUUUUACUUGUCUGUAUGGGACAUUUUCUUUCAGCAGAAUGCCUUUUGGUCUUUGCAAUGCACCGGCUACCUUUCAGCGGUGUAUGAUGUCGAUAUUCUCUGAUAUGGUGGAAGACUUUCUCGAGGUCUUUAUGGAUGACUUCUCGGUUGUUGGUGAUUCUUUUGAUGACUGUCUUGGCCAUCUGGGUCAAGUGCUUAAAUGCUGUGAGGAGACUAAUCUGGUGCUGAAUUGGGAGAAGUGCCACUUCAUGGUGAAGGAAGGGAUCGUCCUCGGGCAUAAAAUCUCUGAAAAAGGGAUUGAGGUCGAUCAAGCAAAGAUUGAUGUGAUUUCUAAGCUUUCUCCGCCUAUCUCAGUUAAGGGUGUCCGGAGCUUUUUGGGACACGCCGGUUUCUAUAGGCGUUUCAUCAAGGAUUUCUCAAAAAUUGCUAACCCGAUGUGUAAGCUUCUUGAAAAAGAGGCUAAGUUCGAAUUUGACGAGAAGUGCCGAAAGGCAUUCGAUGAAUUGAAGGAGCGGUUGACCACAACCCCUAUUAUUGUUUCUCCCGACUGGUCUCUACCGUUCGAAUUGAUGUGUGAUGCAAGUGGCUUUGCUAUCGGUGUUGUGCUUGGCCAGAGACAUAAUAAAAUCAUGCAUCCAAUCUAUUAUGCAAGCAGAACAUUGAAUUUUGCUCGCUCGAUGAAUUACACAGUGACGGAGCAAGAGCUGCUUGCGAUAGUUUUUGCUUUUGAGAAGUUUCGGGCCUAUCUGUUGGGGUCCAAAAUCGUGGUAUACACUGAUCAUGCCGCAUUGAGAUACCUGAUGGCGAAGAAGGAAGCUAAGCCGUGAUUGAUCCGAUGGGUGUUGUUGUUGCAAGAGUUUGAUUUCGAGGUGAAAGACCGCAAGGGAACUGAGAAUCAGGUUGCUGACCAUCUCUCUCGGCUUGAAGAAGCCGGGAGACCUUCGGAUGAGCUAGAUAUCGAUGAUGCAUUUCCAGAUGAGAGGGUGUUGGCUGUGUCAAUGGAGGUGGCACCAUGGUAUGCAGACAUUGCCAACUAUUUGGUGACAGGCAUAAUUCCAGAGGAGAUCAAGGCAUACCAAAAGAAGAAGUUCUUGCGGGAUUCUCGUCAAUACUAUUGGGACGAGCCAUACUUGUUCAGAACAUGCGCUGAUAACAUCAUUCGGCGUUGUGUUCCCGAAAGUGAAACAAGUGGGCAAGUUGAAGUCUCCAAUCGGGAGAUCAAGAGUAUUCUAGCUAAAACGGUGAAUGCAAACAGAACUGAUUGGGCCCGCAAGCUUGAUGAUGCUCUAUGGGCUUACCGGACUGCUUUUAAGACUCCGAUUGGGACUUCACCCUUCAAGCUCGUUUUCGAAAAAGCUUGUCACCUGUCGGUUGAACUUGAACAUAAGGCUAUGUGGGCCUUGAAGAAAUUGAACAUGGAUUGGGAAGAGGCGACCAAACUCAGGUUGUUUCAACUCAAUGAGAUGGAUGAAUUCCGGUACCAGGCAUAUGAAAGUGCAACACUUUAUAAAGAGAGGAUGAAGCAGUAUCAUGAUAAGAAAAUCCUGAAGCGAGAAUUCUACAAGGGUGAUCCUGUCUUGCUGUUUAACUCUCGGUUGAAGUUGCUACCGGGCAAGCUAAAAUCAAGGUGGUCUGGUCCGUUUGAGGUGGUAGGUGUUUCACCCCAUGGGGCGAUUGAACUGAAGUCCGGAGAUGGAACUCGAACAUUUAAGGUGAACGGGCAGAGGGUGAAGCACUAUCAUGGAAUGGUUGAUGGGGAUAGAAUUGUUGACCGAUACCGAUUGAAGCACCUUGGAACGAAUGCUGACCCGGUGAAUGCCGACCAGGAGUAAAUUGGUACCACCGUCGUGCCGCGACGUUAAAUCAAGCGCUCUUUGGGAGGCAAC